AUGUAUAUAUAUAUAUUAUUAUCAUCGCUGGAGAUUUUGGAAGUUGGCGUACCUUUUGCCGCCGUCGGCGAUCGUUAUUCCAGGGAACCGGCUUGGCUUGGAUCGAUCGAGUUUGAUAGAUUUCGUCUUCUAGGGGUUCUUUCUGGCGCCGACGUUUCUUGUUCGAUCAGAGUUUGUUGGCGGGCAGAAGCAUUCAAUUGAAUUGGCCUUCUGCGUGAACUUUCGGUUCCUCCAACGAAGCGUGUGGGGUCUGGUUAUAGAAUUCAAGGAUUUCCGGUGGUAGAUUUUCUUGAUCGGUUGCGCCGGCGGCCUUCUUCUGAUUUUCUAGGCGGAAGAGAGUUGUAGGGCGCUUGGAAAUAGUAGUUUGUUUUUUGUUUGAUUAUUUGAGAGAUCUUGAGAUUUGUUCUCAAUUGAUUUUUGUGGGUGUGUUUGGAUUGGAUUAAGUCAUGGAGCGGAUUAUCGGUGGGAAAUUUAAGCUUGGGGAGAAGAUUGGAAGUGGUUCUUUUGGCGAGCUCUACGUCGGUGUUAACAUAGAAAAUGGAGAAAAGGUGGCACUUAAACUGGAACCACUGAAGUCUAGUAAUCCUCUGCUCCACUACGAAGCGAAAGUGUAUGCUCUUCUCCAAGGAGAAAGUGGAGUUCCCAAACUGAAAUGGUUUGGUGUGUAUGGAGAAUAUAACAUCAUGGCCAUUGAUCUUCUUGGUCCUAGCCUUGAAGAUCUAUUCAACUUAUGUGACCGGAGAUUCUCAUUGAAAACCGUACUAUUGCUUGCUGAUCAGUUGAUAACUCGGGUUGAGCAUAUGCACUCAAAGGGUUUUCUUCAUCGUGAUAUAAAGCCUGACAACUUUCUUAUGGGUCUUGGUCGAGCAACUCAGGUUUAUAUUAUUGACUAUGGUCUUGCAAAGAAAUAUAGGGAUCACCAAACCAGAAAGCACAUUCCAUAUAGGGAGAAUAAGAGCCUAACUGGAACAGCACGAUAUGCAAGCAUUAAUAUACAUCUAGGAAUUGAACCUAGCCGAAGAGAUGAUUUAGAAUCCCUUGGCUAUGUGCUUAUGUACUUUUUGAGAGGAAGCCUCCCUUGGCAAGGGCUCCAAGCAACCACUAAAAAGCAGAAGUAUGAUAAAAUUAGGCAAAAGAAAAUAUUGACCCCCAUAGAGGGACUUUGCGAGUCAUGUCCACCAGAAUUUGCACUUUAUUUCCGUCACUGUCGAUCCCUUGGAUUCGAGGGAAAGCCGAAUUAUUCAUACUUGAGGAGGCUAUUCAGCGACCUGUAUGUUCGACAAGGAUAUCAGUUUGAUUUUAUUUUUGACUGGAAUAUGAAGCAUUCCCAGAUUAAUGUUAAUCCUCGACAACAGCCGGGUGAUAAGACGGGCAGAGCCACCAAUCACAAAUUUCCCGAUAAUGCAUUCUCACUGUUAAAACAAACCGUUGAUUCCGAGAAAAUCUGCCCGACGUCGCACAACGAGAGUGCUUCGAAGAAAGUCGCUGUGCCAAGCAGCAGGAACCAUGUAGUUUCCACCGGCAGCCAACCAUCCAGUAGUCAGCAGAGAGUUCAGCAGCAGUCUGUCAUAGCCUCCGGCUCUUCCCGCGCCUUCAGGCCCGCCGUAACGAGAGGAACUUGCAACGAGCCCUUUCUCCGUAAAUUUGAUUUUCUCUCUCUUGAAAACAAGAUGCACAAGUAGACAAAACCAUUGCAAAAGUUAGUGGAUUGUGAAUUUAUAAGAUCGAUCACAUUUAUUUCAAACAUUAGAAUCCAGUGCCAGAUAAUCAGGAGGGGAAAUUAGCGUUUAUUAUACUUCCUCUUGUUGUGGAUAAUGAUGUUCUGA